AUGACAAACGAUAACGACGGUUGGAGGACUAAAAUGGAGCCACCGCCAAGAGGGUUACGGCCAGUGGGCAAUAGCACACUUCCGCAAAGGUUGGGGGCAGCUAGUUCAAGGGGCCCAAGAGGACAGGUAGCUUUGAAGCCUGGUCGUUCGCCAUUGGAUUGGGCCCGGCUGAGAAAUUCUGGGGAAAACCUCCGAGGGGUCUCGUUUCCGGGCCCUUUACGAGUUUCAUCUGAAGAAUUGGCAAAGCAUAAAUCGAAAGAUGAUGCGUGGACAGUUUUGGGCGGGAAAGUGUACAAUAUUACCCCCUACAUGGAGUACCAUCCUGGAGGGGAGAGCGAGCUUCUUAGAUGUGCCGGACGAGACGGCACUAAGCUAUUUCAGCUCACUCAUGCAUGGGUAAAUUAUGAGGUUAUGCUAGACAAGUGUUUGGUUGGGUUUUAUGUGCCCCAUUAG